AUGUCAGCCCACAACCAGCGUCGUCAGAGUGCGCGGUUGAACCCGCCCGUUGCAGCCGCGCCAAGUCCACCUGUUACCGAAGCACGUCGUCGAGGGACGAAAGCGCCUCAAAGACGUAGCAAGGCGCGAAGAGUAGACAAGAUAUGUCAAUUCAUGCGGCAAAAUGACAUUAGUUUGCGAGAAUUUAUUCUUGUCUACGCUACGACUCAAGGUUCUGGUGGAUAUGGGGAGCGCCCUGCGACGCGUGCCAAACGUCUUGCGGAGGCUAUAUAUGGCCAGCCGGAGGUCUUAGACGCGCUGCGAGGGCAUCCCACAUCUAGUGCGACCGGAAUUGUUACCGUCAAGGCUCUUAGGAAGGAAAUGAAAGAACUGGAGGAGACCGGAGGUAUGUUUAGUGCCUACCAGGUCGACCAUCAACCAGAGAAGUCUUCAGAAGCUGGUAUUGGGAGGGAGGAACAGUCAGAAGGUGGCCGGAAACCGGAGGACUACGAGCGUAUACUUAGCGACAUGCAGUUCGGGCAGAUGUAUGAGCAAGUCCAAACUCGUGCUCCUCUUCUAUGUGGACUGCUCAAGGGUCUCAUGGCCCCCAAGAUGGAGAGGAAAGAUCGACCACCACGAGAUCCUUCAAAAUUCAACCACAGGACUGCGUUAAUCACGUCGAUUCUCUGCUAUUCUCGAGCCUCGGAAGGAAGCAACAAGUUUCCCCGCGUAUUCGGUGCCUUUCUUUACUCUAAUGGCGUCAAACGGCGUAUCCUGGAUCUGCUUCACCAAUUCGGGCUUUGUGAAGGAUACAAGGGGGUCCACAAGCAUCUUGAAACCGUGGCAGAACAAGCAAAGGCAUCCUCACAGUCCCUCAGAAUGGACGUCGACUGA